CCAUCCCUCACCUCUCUUUUGGGGUUUCUUCUCUCUCUCUCUCUCUCUCUCUUAGCUGCUGCAACUGUGUGUAAUCUCAACAAGUACACAACGUGAAAAGCUUGGAUGGAGGCCCUUGGUUCCGUGGAUGAUCUCUUGGAUUUCUCAUCAGACAUAGGUGACGAAGAUGACGACGAUGACAAAGCUAGGAAAACCUUUCCUUCACUUAAUCCAAAAUGCAAUAAUCCAUCAUUGUUUAACCCAUUGGACCUGGAUGAUCCUAGCCAUUCAUUUUCUGAGUUUGCAGAAGAAGAGCUUGAAUGGCUAUCCAACAAGGAUGCAUUUCCUGCUGUUGAAACAUUUGUUGACAUACCCACUAUUCAACCUGACAUGUCAAAGCACCAAAGAAGGGCAGCCCCAGUGAUUGAGUACAGCACAAGCAGUACCAACAGUAAUAGCAGUCCCAACAGCAUUACCCUCUUAAAUGGAUAUGAUCACCUGAAGGUCCCUGUCCGUGCACGGAGCAAGGGUCGUAGUAGGCCACGCCCUGGCAUUGCUGACAUCUCUAGCCAGCAAUUCUGGUUGAGACAACCAAGUAAUGAAAUUUCCAAAGUAGAAGAAGUGAUAAAAAUCUCAACCAUUGGGAGGAAAUGUCAGCAUUGUGGAGCUGAAAAGACUCCACAAUGGCGGGCAGGUCCCCUUGGGCCAAAAACCCUGUGUAAUGCAUGUGGGGUUAGGUUUAAGUCUGGGCGGCUUGUGCCUGAAUACCGUCCCGCAAGUAGCCCAACAUUUCAUAGUGAAAUGCAUUCUAAUUCCCACAGGAAGAUAAUGGAGAUGAGGAGGCAAAAGCAAAUGGGAUGGUUUGAAGGCCAUGAAUAAAAGGCAAAGUGGUAGUGAGCAUUGCUUUUAGCAUUUAGCAUGUUAGGACUUAGGGUUUUGGUUUUCUUUUCGAUUUUGAUUUAUUCUAAUUUAAUUUUUUGUCCAUUUUUUCUCUGUGAUGGUUUUAGAUAAGCAUUGAAAAUUCUUGAUGGAAAAUGAAGUUAGGAAGGUCUUAAAUCAUUUGUGUCUUUGUUGUGCUGAGGACAAGAAGCCAAACUGAGAAUUUUUUAUUUUUGAUUUUUGAUUUGGGUUGUAACGUAUGCUUUGAUUGGGGAUCAGGGAGAGGUUGAGUUGCUAGAAUGAUGGUUUGGUCCCUUUACCAGAGAGGACCUCUUAUGCUUAUCUGAACUAAUUCUAAAUUUAUGGACAGUGGAGUAGUUGAUUUUAAUGAAUUAUGACAUCGUUCGAGGAGUUAUGCCAUCAUCAUCAUCAUCCCUGUAUUUGAAAAAAGAAAAAGAAAUAUGGCGUCUAUCCUAGAUGUACAAGGUAUGUUCUUUAUUAUUUGAUAAGGAUGUCAAGAUGUAUUCGACAAAAUUGAAUUGAUCAAGCCUUGGCGGCAACAUGAAAUCUUUAUGGUUUCAUUGCAAAGAUGGAUACAGUUUGAGAAACAGAAUCCUUUUUGGUUAUA